AUGAGAGCCAAUGGUGAUAGCUCACAGUACUUUUAUUUAUCAUUCAUUGUUAAUUCAGAAAUUGUUGAAUACUUGAUUGGAAAGGAUAAUUCACAUAUUAUACCUGAAGCAAUUGACAUACUCUUCAUGGAUAUAGCAAAUAUCAUCAGAGAAUCUAUGGCUGAAAUACAAGAUGCUCAGGUUGAAGAAAUGGCAGUAAACCUCUGGAACUGGGCAGUUACCAAGAGAGUGAGUUUGAUUAUAAGUGAAGAACAGAAAGCUAAAUUACAUCAUAUUGCUUGCAAGUUGGUGAGUAUGUGUGAAGGCUCAGCAGCUUCAGAAGAAGGUAUCCGAAGACAGAUUUUGAUGAAUAUGAAAACAGGAAAAGAGUGGGUGGAUGUUGGAAAUGCUGUGAUUGCUGAUGAUUUUUUUCAAGCUGCAAUGGCUAAUCUUGAAAACUUAUAUAUUAAGUUAAUUCAGAGGAGUUUUACUGAGACCCAAUUGACUAUGCAGAAGAAUACUGUGGAGAGAGACCUCUUCAAAGUGCUGUCUUAUCAAGCAGAGUCAGCAGUUGCUCAAGGUGAUUUUCAAAGAGCAUCUGCUUGUAUACUGCGCUGUAAAGAGAUGUUGGCAAGGCUCCCCAAACUGACUGGAUAUCUUCAUAUUCUCUGUUACAACUUUGGAGUAGAAACCCACAAGCAGAAUAAAUAUGAAGAAUGUUCUUUCUGGCUUAGCCAAAGUUAUGAUAUUGGGAGAAUGGAUAAGAAUUCUGUUGGACCAGAAAUGCUGGCUAAAGUUCUACGGUUACUAGCCACCGCUUAUUUGGAUUGGGAUGACAAAGAAUGUUAUGAAAAGGCUCUCAGAACUAUAAAUCUAGCAAAUAAGGAACAUUUAUAUCCAGUUGGACUUUACAUGAAGACAAAAAUUCUCUUGAAGGGUGAAACAACUAAUGAAGAACUUCUUGAAGGUAUCAUGGAAUUUUUACAUCAUGAUGUGCCUUUACAGUUCUAUCUGAAUAUUGCUAAACUUCUCAUGGAUCAUGAGAGAGAAUCUGUUGGAUUUUAUUUCCUGAAGAUAAUCUGUGACCAUUUUAAAUCAUCACAAAAUAUUGGAAAAGCUCUACUGCUCCAAAUUGAUAUGCUUUUACAAAUGAAGGAAGAAAGACUUGCCCAUGAGAAGAUUGAAGAAAUCAUUAUAGGUCACCAAUCAGGAAGACGGCUGCCAACAGAAUUAAUAGGCUGUUUACACACUAUUCUGUGGAAAAAAGCUGCCAGCAGUUUUGAGGUACAAAAUUACACUGAUGCUCUACACUGGUACUGUUAUUCUCUGAGGAUUUAUACAAUUGAAGAAAUGGAUCUGAAUUUGGCCAAGUUGCAGAGGAACAUGGCAUCCUGUUAUUUACAUUUGAAACAACUUGAUAAGGCUAAAGAAGCAGUGACAGAAGCUGAACGACAUGAUCCUGAAAAUAUUUUCACUCAAUUUUAUAUUUUCAAGAUUGCAGUCUUAGAGGGAAACUCUGACAGAGCUUUGCAGACAAUUGCUACUUUAGAUAAUUUAUUAACUGCUGAAAAUCCAAAAGAGAAUGAAGUACUUACAGAAAGAGAUUCAUCUAUUAUGCUCCUCAGUUUAGCUGCCCAGCUUGCUUUAGAGAAUGGACAACAAAUUGUCUCAGGAAAAGCUUUAGAAUAUUUAGCUAAACAUUCAGAAGACCCACAGCAAGUCUUGAUAGCUUUAAAGUGUUUGUUUCGUCUUGUUCUUCCAACAGUUUCUCAAAUGCCAGAAUCUGAAAACAAAAAGAAAGAAAUGGAUAGACUUUUAACUUGCUUAAAUACAGCACUCCUGAAACUUGCUCAGAGCAUUGAUGGAGAAAAUUCUGCUUCUGACUCAAAGGUUAAUGAAGCUCAUUGGUUUCGGAAAAUAGCUUGGAACUUGGCUGUGCAAUGUGACAAAGACCCAGUGACAAUGAGAGAGUUUUUCAUACUUUCUUAUAAGCUGUCCCAGUUUUGUCCUUCUGAUCAAGUAAUUCUGAUUGCACAGAAAACAUGUUUACUUAUGGCAGCUGCAGCUGAUCUAGAGCAAGGGAAAAAAGCUUCAACAACUUUUGAGCAGACCAGGUUACUGAGUCGUGCACUUGAGCAGAUCCAUAAAUGCAGAGACAUCUGGAAUCUCCUAAAAGAAACAGGGGACUUCUCAAAUGAUCCAUCUGAGACAUUGCUUCUGCUGUAUGAAUUUGAAAUUAAAGCCAAAAUGAAUGAUCCAUUACUGAACAGCUUCUUGGAGCCAGUGUGGGAACUCCCUCAUUUAGAAAGUAAAACUUUUGAAACAGUUGCAUUACUAGCAAUGGAAAUGCCUGCACACUAUCCUUUCAUCGCUCUAAAGGCCUUGAAAAAGGCAUUAUUGAUCCACAAAAAGAAAGAAUCAGUUGAUGUUUUGAAAUGCAGCAAAUGUAUUCAUAACUUGAUUAACCUCUUAAUGCCAGAUGGGGCAUCAAGUACAGAACUCUGUCCCUUGGAAGAAGUUUGGGGAUAUUUUGAAGAUGCUCUGAAUCUUAUUAGCCAUACCGAAGACUACCCAGAAAUGGAAAUUCUCUGGCUGAUGAUUAAGUCCUGGAAUACUGGAAUACUUAUGUAUGGUAGAAGCAAGUAUGUAUCUGCUGAAAAAUGGUGUGACCUGGCAUUGCGUUUCCUUGACCACCUUGGCUCACUGAAGAGAAGCUAUGACACUCGGAUGAAUCUUCUAUAUAGUGAGUUUGUCAAAACAUUAGAUAAAAAGAAGGGCUUACUUUUUAAUGAAGAGUGA